AUGGCCAGAGACCCGCUAAUUGGAAUCGUCGGCAAGCCCAGUAGCGGCAAGUCGACCACUCUCAACUCGCUAACAGAUGCAACCGCCAAAACAGGCUCUUUUCCCUUCACAACCAUCGACCCCAACAAGGCCACGGGCUACCUGCAAAUAGAUUGUGCCUGUGCGCGGUUCAAGGUCCAGGAGAAGUGCAAGCCCAACUACGGCACAUGUAAAGAUGGACGCCGUUUCGUGCCUAUCAUGCUGCUAGAUGUGGCUGGUUUGGUACCGGGAGCGCACCAGGGCCGAGGACUGGGAAACAAGUUUCUGGACGAUUUGCGACAUGCUGACGCUCUGAUCCACGUGGUGGACGUGUCAGGAACAACCGAUGCCGAGGGCAAGAACACGCGAGGCUACGACCCUGUCAAUGACAUUGAAUGGCUUCAGGAUGAAAUCUUCCGGUGGAUCGAAGGUAACCUCAAGGAGAAAUGGGGAUCUAUUGUUCGAAGGCACACCUCUACCAAGAGCCAUAUUGUGGACACACUGCAGAAUCAGUUUUCCGGUUACGGAUCCAACAAGGAUAUUGUCCAUCGGGCAAUCGACAAGCUGACUCUGCCACCCAUGGAGGAGUGGGAUGAUGAUAAGAUCAGUGAAGUUGUUCGGGCUUUCACCAGGGAAAAGUUCCCCACCGUUCUGGCUCUCAACAAGAUGGACCAUCCCGAUGCCGAUAUGAACGUAUCCAAGAUCAUGAAACGACAUCCUGAUGUUCCCUCGGUUCUCACUUCUGCCAUUUCCGAGGUGUUUAUCCGAAAACUCGCCAAGCAGGGCUACGUGCAGUACGAAGAGGGCACCGAGUUUCUUGACACGGCCGAGGAUCUUCCCGAUGCCGGUCUCAAGCCGCUGGACGACAAGCUCAAGGAGCGGGUCGAAAACGUACGAGACCUGGUUCUGUAUAGAUUUGGAUCCACUGGCCUGGUACAGAUUCUGCAGGCGGCGGCAAACAUUCUCGAGCUGGUUCCCGUCUACCCUGUCAAGAACAUUAACAACUUUGGAGGCGCCCAGGUGUUCAGAGACUGUACUCUGGUGCGACGAGGAUCCACUGUGGCCUCUGUAGUGCGUAAGAUCAUGGGAGAUCUGCCUAUCACGGCCAUUGAGGGUGUUGGGGGAGCUCGCGUGGGAGAAGAGGACACUGUUGAUGUUGGUAAGAACGACAUUUUGUGCUUCAAAAUCGGACCCAAGGCCUGA